GUUUUCCAGCUUCAGUGGUUUGUUGUUUCUGUUUCUCUAAGAAAAUAACCUCAACUUCCUGUUUCUGCUGAGGAAACACCUGGCGGCCCGCCCAAACCCGCCCGUCCUGGGAGGCGGCCAUGUUGGUUCCUCCUGGAGCAGAGAUGACUCCGGGCCUGGCUGACCCGGGACCGGCAGGAGGCCGGAGGUCCUUCCCCGAGGUUCUGCUGAGGCCGAGCCGGGCCGACCGACCGGCCCGGCUCGGCUCGGCUCGGCUGCAGCUGUGAAGUGAGCGUGCUCAGUGGGCCGUGACAUCAUCACCACAUGGCUGCGCCGCAUGCAAAGCAGCAGGAAGGUUCUGUUUGACUCCGAGCUGCAGAAUCACAGCAGGACGAGCCGCAGAGCAGCGCAGUCAUGGGCAAGAACUUUUGGUUUCCUCGAUUUCUCCAGAUUAACUCGCGGCCGAAGCUUUUCCCCGGAGACAUCGUGGAAUAUCCCAGGAACAAAUACUUCUCUCAUUUUGGGAUCUACUUCGGGGAACGGGACGGCGUUCCCUAUGUGGCUCACCUGACCUGCAGAGACGCCGACACAAAGAUCCCGCUGUUCGGCCGCGCCCUGAGGUCAGAGGUCAAGCUGGAUCCUCUGGAGCUGCUGGGGAGUCAAUACAAGGUCAGCAACAUGCUGGACGAGUCGCACUCCCCCAGAGACUUCCACUCGGUGGUGAAGCCCGCCAUCGAGGACAUGCUGGGCCGAGACGUGACCUUUGACAUCCUGUUCCACAACAGCGAGCACCAGGCCACACUAUUCAGAUACGGAGUCAAAAAGUCCCAGCAGAUUGAAGUUGUCUACAAACACAUCAUGCCGUCCUGGAAGAAGCUGUUUGAGGAGAAGAAGCUGUGAGCCGUUCUGCCACUAGAGGGAGCUGUCUCCUCAUGUCUGCCUGAAGCCUCACUUCCAACCUCGCCCUUCCACUAAACUUUCACACUCUUUAGAAAUACUGCUCCUCUCCUCUUCUGUCCACUCGUGGUCCGUUCUCCGACUGAAUUUUAAAAAAUUUAAUAUUAAUCACAUUGUUGCAGAGAAAGUAAUUUUUGUCUUCCAGAUUAAAAUCAUGAUGUCAGAUUUUUUAAUUUCCAGGAUUUUUCAAAAGUUUCUUUGAAUUUUUCUGGACUGUAGCAUAUCCAGAUUUUCUUUAAAGGUUUUGUUUUACAUUUUUAAAACAUUUUUCUAUCUGUAAACAUGCAUUUUCUUCUUUUUAAAAUGAUUUGUAAGGUCUUGAUAAUGUUUCUUUAAACUGACACAUUAAAAUCUCAAAUUCUCCAUGUUGAAGCUGAAAUCUAAACACCAUGAAUAAUUAAUGACAGAAUAUUAAUAAGUGUUGAUCAGCAUAAAGCUUCCUGUUUACAUUCUGAGCAGAUGUAAAAUAAUAUUUGAUUAAAAGUCAAAUUGAAUCAUAAA